UAUAUAUAUCAUUAAGUUUGACAAUUACAGAUCAGCUUAAUAAUCCAAUCGAAUUGCUAAUCUAGAGAUGGAAAAAUCAGGAUCGAGCCAAUAAGAAAUAAAAUCCAAUGGACCCAUUUUCUCCAUGUGCAAAUUAUAUCUGUUUUUGUCUGCUUUACUUGAUGAUGAUGAUACUGAGCAUUUUAAAGUGUGAACUAAGAUCUAGCAAACCAAAAAAGAUGGUCUCUUCUGUCUUUGUCACAUAAUAAGAGAAUAGAGUUGUUUGAUUUUUUUUUUUUUAAAUAAAACUCCAACCGUGAAUCCAGCCAUGAAACUUUUUUAGAAAAUCCCUUUUUUUUAAUAAAAAUAAUUCCUUCUUCACUUAUUCUUCUUCGUUUAGCCCAGAAAAGCCCAUUCUUUUUUUCUUUCUUGAAUAUUUUAUUCACACUAUUCGUUUCUACAAAGUUUGUUCCUUUCUUCUUCAACUCUCUCACUCACAGUCACAGAGAUCUGUUGAUCUCUUUCUUUUUUUUGCUUUCACUCUUCACCUUCCAGUGAGAGAGUGAGAGAAAAUGGAGAAGCUUUUGGUAGUAGGAUUUGUUGUGGCUGGGAUAAUACUGGGAACUCAAGCAUAUGAAUAUUUAGAUUUCAAUGUGACAGAAAUAGAUCGCAUUGAGGAAUUAGAGUUUGGAUUCUCCAAAUAUAGCUCCAAUCUAAACCCUUUAAUGGUUGGCCUCACCCUUAUCAGAGGAGCUGAUUCUGGAGCUGUUUGUUUGGAUGGAACAUUGCCUGGAUAUCACUUGCACCGUGGACAUGGAUCUGGAGCUAAUAGCUGGCUCAUUCAGUUGGAGGGAGGAGGAUGGUGCAACAACAUCAGGACCUGUGUAUACCGGAAGACGACUCGACGUGGUUCCUCUAAUUAUAUGGAGAAACAGCUUCAGUUUACAGGAAUACUGAGUGACAAAGCUCAAGAAAAUCCUGACUUCUUCAACUGGAAUAGAGUUAAGCUUCGUUACUGUGAUGGUGCUUCUUUCAGUGGAGAUGGCCAGAAUCAGGCUGCACAGCUUCAGUUUAGAGGAGAGCGCAUCUGGAGAGCGGCAAUAGAUGAUUUGAAGGCGAAUGGAAUGCGAUAUGCCAACCAGGCACUUCUCUCUGGGUGCUCUGCUGGUGGUUUAGCAGCAAUCUUGCGCUGCGAUGAGUUUAGGAACUUGUUCCCUGGAUCAACCAAAGUCAAGUGCUUGAGUGAUGCAGGCUUGUUCUUGGACACAGCCGAUGUUUCAGGCGGCCGCACAAUCAGGAACUUAUACAAUGGUGUCGUAGAAUUGCAGAGUGUGAAGAACAAUCUUCCACGUAUAUGCACAAACCAUCUCGAUCCAACCUCGUGUUUCUUCCCACAAAAUCUGAUCAGUCAGAUGAAAACUCCACUUUUUAUCGUCAACGCAGCAUAUGAUACAUGGCAGAUUCAAAGCAGUAUAGCUCCAACAUCAGCUGAUCCUAGUGGAUUUUGGCAUGACUGCAGACUAAACCAUGGCAAAUGUACUCCUGCACAAUUGAGAUUCUUGCAAGGAUUCAGGGACCAGAUGCUUAGAGUAGUUAGGGGCUUCUCAAUGUCUAGACAGAAUGGAUUGUUCAUCAACUCUUGCUUUGCUCACUGCCAAACCGAGAGGCAAGAUACUUGGUUUGCCGAUGAUUCUCCCGUCAUCAGGAAAAAGGCGGUGGCAAUAGCUGUAGGAGAUUGGUAUUUCGAUAGAGCGGAAGUGAAGUUAGUCGAUUGCCCGUACCCGUGUGACAAGAGCUGCCACAACUUGGUGUUCAGAUGAUUCAUUGAUUAUGUUUCUUUCUUCUCUCAUAUAUACAUACCUUUCUUUCUUUCAAAAGGAAAGAUUUUGUAUCCUUGGUAGUAACCAAUGCCUCAUUGGUAUAUAUGAUUAAGUGUAUCCUGGAAAACCAUAAUAAAAAAACAAACAAACAAAGUUUGCUUAAAAAGAGUUCAAAUGUAAUCAAUCACAGAAAAAUGCUCUUUCUUUUGUU